AUGAACCACAUCGGACUGGAACACUCCCAUGAAAUCGGCUUCAGUGUAACAUGCGGCCUCAACGGCUGCAACAAUACCUUCAGAAAGUACGAGGCCUUCAGGAAGCACGUACAGAGGAAGCAUCGAGACGUUGUACCACGAGUGAGACGAUCUGCACAAUCAAGAACAGAAAAUAGCAGCGAGGAUAACACGGCAAACGCAGCGAGCUCGCCGCCUACUGAUGUUGGUGCGGAAUCCACGCCACCGAGUGAAGCGUACCACGAAUCGAAUGACCCAAUUGCAUACAUGAGCAGUAUGCUGAACAGAAUGAAGAGGCAUCUUGUGCUGCUCAGCUUGAAGGUUACUGAAAGCCACUUGCUUCCACAGUCUGUUUGCGAAAGCAUUUUUAAGGACAUGAAAGUGCUGCUUGAGUUGCUUUUGGAAGCCUGCAAAACAUACUUUGCAAUGCUUCUUUCAAGUGGUAGAGUAGUGGCAAACUCAGAUGAUGACAUGUUGUCAGUGCUUUCAGGAGAUGUGAUGGACAUGAUUUGGGAGGUAACGAGGUCAGAGCAUGCCCGGCUCAACUAUGUGAAGGAACAUUUCCCUUUUGUGCAGCCGAAAGAAAUCAACUUGGAUGACAGCAUCAAUGCACGGUCAGGAAGACAUGUGUUCUACUACGUGCCAGUUCAGGACAUGCUGAGGAACUUGGUUUCAGCAGACCUUGGUGAGCAUGUUCUCUCAACACUGCAAGGGCGCAACAACGACAGCUUCGAUGCCAACACCCUGACUGAUGUCUGUGAUGGAGACUUUGCGAGAUCUCGUGCGGUGAUUGAGGAAGGCGUCGUUGGAACGCUACUCUUGCUGUUGUACACUGACGAGUUGGAGGUGACAAACCCGAUUGGUGCUGCCCGUGGUGUGCACAAGCUCCUUGUUGUCUAUGUGAACCUGCUCAACUUGCACCCUAGGUACAGAUCAACACUAGAGUCAAUUCAUCUUGUUCUCAUCGUCAAGUACACACUUCUGAAACAAUACGGCCUUAACAGAAUAAUGGAGCCACUUAUUGCUGACCUGAACUCCUUGCAGUCUAAUGGGCUUGAUGUUGUGUUGAAUGGGUCGACAGUCUACAUGAAGGCAUGUGUUGUCGGAUUUAGUGGCGACAACCUGUCCCUGAACAGGCUUGGCGGCUUCAGUUGUAGCUUCACUGCUGGUCGUGUGUGCCGUCACUGCCUUGCAAGCAGCACGAAUCUUCAGUCACUGACAGAUGAGAGUAAGUGCACAUUGAGAACCGCAGAAGCACAUAACAGUCACGUAGCUGCUGUUCAGCUAAGCCCGGAUAAUGCAAGGUUGUAUGGUGUGAAAGAACCAUCCUGUCUUCUUGCACUCAAUGGAUUUGACGUCACGUGUCAAUUACUCCCCGAUCUGAUGCAUGACGUUUUGGAAGGAGGCAUAAACACUGUCCUCAAAUCUGUGUUGAACACACUGUUAUCCUCAAGGGUACUCCAAAGAGAGCACUUCACUGUGGCAGAGAAGUUCCAGUACAAGCGUCAUGACAUGAAGAACAAGCCGUUUCCACUAGCCCUCACGAAUGCGGGCAAAAUGCAAAACAUCAGGGGAACAGCAAGCCAGAAGUUAUGUCUGUUCCGCCUUCUUCCACAGCUGUUUGGUGAUAACAUCCCAGAAGGGAAUCCAGACUGGAAUGUUUAUCUCCAGUAUCGUGAAAUCGUGAACGUCCUUCUGUCCGACAGGAUACCCUCUGACUGUGUGGAGUGGCUUGAGGUGCAGAUUGCUUCAUUCCUUGAGGCAUUUGUUCAGAGGUACCCAGAAGUCAAGGUGACACCAAAGUUGCACUACCUCAUUCAUUACCCUCGGUAUAUCUCACUUUACGGGCCACCCCGCAACUUCUCGUCCAUGAGGUUCGAGGCAAAGCAUGCCACACUAAAAACGAUCGCAGUACGAGCAAGAAGCUUCCUGAACAUUGCAAAGACUGUGGCCAUGAGGGUGCAGCUAGGACAAUGCUACAAUUCCAUCUGCUCGGCCAUAACUCACGACCUUGAGGUCCCUGUUGUGAAAGAUGUACAGUGGGAGGACUUGCCAGUUCUAGUCAGGGACAGCUUUGUUUUGCGACCACUGCCUGGUGAGAGAAUUUCCGAAGCAAGGAUGGCCACCGUUCAUUCAUCCACCUACACCGAAGGGGAUGUUCUGUGCAUGGGUUGGGAAGAUGAGGCUCCGGCCUUCGGUCAAAUACUCAAGUUGGUCAUCUUCAGAGGCUCCCUUUUGAUCUUUCUUCAUGCUCUGUAUACAUGUGGUUUCAUGCGUCACAGGCAAGCAUAUCAAGUUGUGUUCACAGACUCAUGUGUGCAAAUAUCUCCAGGAGACGAACACAACCCUCGACCACUGGACCUCUACCGUUAUAAGAACCAUCAUGAAAUAGUGCCACAUUUUGAGUUAUUUGAACUCUAA